UUUUUGGUGUCUCUGUUUCAAGCUGAAAGAAAUGAUUGCUCACUAUGACUGCUUCCAUAACAGUUACUAUAUUUAACUGAGGAAAACCGAUCCAGCAUGUCUUAUCUAUUCAUUGCUACUUUGUAUGUGCCUUAUGAUAUGUCCUCGUAUAUGUCUGUACUGAAAUAUGAGUGUCUUGGUCCUUCUUAUAUUAUUUUUUAUGAUCUCAGUCAGCCUCUUUCGCACCCAUUGUGUCGAGGACCAAUGCAAGUAUGUUGAUUUUGAUGUCAUUUGAUUUGUGAGUAAAUAGAAGUUAACCUGAUUAUGUGGUUGCAUGAUUUGCCUAAUUCUGUGUUUCUUUUGGGCUUCAUGUUUUUUUAUGCACUUGUCAAAUCUAUAUGCGUUCUGAUAUAACUAUUCUCUACACUUUUCACUACUAGGAAAUAGCUUAUAGCUUCAAUUGUGCAUUACGGCUUAAAUAAGAAUCUCUGGAAAAAAAUGUUGCACAUUGGCAUCUACAUGUACCGCAUUGUUUUUUUGUGCCAUUCUUCUGAAGAAUAUGAAGUUUCUGAACCUUUGUUUGUAAUGCUGCAGGGUUCUGGUAGCGACGAUGACGGUCGUCGAGAGGUUCUUGGACUGGACGGUGUCGUGGCUGCCGAUGUAUAGAAAAGCGAAGCUGCUGCUCAUUCUCUACCUCUGUCACCCCAGCACACAGAGUGCGGGGAGCGGGGCACGUGUACGAUGGCUUCCUUCGUCCGCUGGUGGCGAGGCACAAGGACGACAUCGACUGGUCCAGUUGGAGCUGAGGGCCAGAGCGAGGGACGUGACUGCGUCGCAACUCAAGGCGGCGGCUGCCGUUAGUCAGGUGUGGCUCUUCGAGGCUAUCCAAUGUGUUUCGUCGCAGCUGCAGGCCGCGAGAUCAGGCCAGGAAGGCGCCGCACAUUGACGAGUGGUCCAAUUUUUGGAUCGGGCCAUAACAACUUACGUAGGUAGUUGCUUAUGUAACAGUGCGAUAGAAUGGAAUUAUACAUGAGUUGCUGCUACAAGGAGGAACGUAGUUGCUUAUGUAACUGUGUGAUAGAAUGAAAUUAUACAUGAAUUGCUGCUACAAUGAGGAACUGGAGAAGAUAUGACUACUGUGUGAUAGAAUGAA